AUGGAAUAGGAUUAGGAACAAAUCAACAUGCUUGCUAAAUAGUAUGGCUUUUUGUUUCUUCAAGAUUGUCCAAAGGCAAUGUAAAUUGGAAUAGAUAUUCAAUAUUGGUAGAUUAGAUCGACCUUCAAGGGAGUGAAAGUAAUUUCCUCCAGAUAACCAGAUAAUUAAGAUGUCGUGAUGAGAAAAUGGAAUGAUCAUGAGUUUUAGAUAUUAGAUCAACAAGUAGAUUAAGUAAUUUAAUAGCAAUAAGAGAAAGAGGAGAAUAAAGACGAUGAAUUAAAUACGAAUGAAGAUUAUGAUGAUAUUGAUUAAACUAUUGAAAAAUUAGAGAAUAUGCCUCAAAAUUAAGGCAAAGAAUUGAUAAACUAAGUCAGAUGCUUUCUAUUGAAUAUGGAUUUCUACCUAUUCUCUAGCUCGAAAAAAGUUUAUCCAUCAAGCAUAAAUAUCAAGACAGAUAAGAAAUUUGAUGAUAUAAAUAAUGAUGAUUUACCAUUUGUUUCAGAUGAAUCAGAAGGCUUUAUUUCAUUUUGA